AAGACUUCUGCCCGGAAAACAACGCGAAAACUACCUCCUGCAAGUACACCGGUGGUGAAUUUUACAAGAAAAGAAACAUGUCAUGUUGGUAAUAAUGACGAUUCAGAUAUGGAGCAAACAAAGAGAAGCAUCCAGUUACUCGAACAGCUUGUUGCCACAUUUCCUAAUCGAGAGAAAAAAAUCGUUACUCAUCGAGAUUGUCAUCAUCUUCCUAUAGAUUUUAUUGAAAGUACGUACGAAAAGUAUAAGCUUGAACUCCGAGAAUUGUUUGAUAAAUAUAUGAAGUAUGGGCGACAUUUGUCAAAAAUUGUAGAUAUUUUGGAAUGGUAUCAGAUAUCAAACAUAUUCACUGAUGAGCAGAAAUAUCGCAUGAGUCUUUAUUUAGAAGAAAAAUUACUGACAGAACAAGAAAAGGGGAUGCAUACAGAAUUUUUGGAUUCUGUUCUGAUACAUGAAUGGGGUUUAAAGAUUUUUAUUACCCUGUAUGAAUUCCCUACUCGCGAAGAGGCACUCCAGCACGUAAAUCUUCAGGAAGAAAUGGAAAUAUAUCAAAGUGAUUAAUCCAGUUGAUUGAGAGUACUCCUAUUCAUUCAACAAUUCAUUGUAAAUGGAAUUCACCAGACCCUAAACGACCCUAUACAUUUGUGUUCAAUUGUCUUAAUUUCACUCUUGUUUGAUUUUCAGAAUUCCGUAAGAUUUGCAACACAAUUUGUCAAUAGUAACCAGACGGUAAAACGAUUCAGCAACAUCGGUUCGCGAUGUGUGUUUUCAAAUGCAUUUAGAUUUUAUUAAAACCACGAUCUUGCACAGAGAGUAGUUAGCUGUGCCAAUCGAAUGCUUUUCUGAUGGCUGUUAUGGAAACAAAUAUGAGCAAAUGAUUGAAAACAAUAUGUGCAAAUGAUUACCAAAAUCAAAUAACGAAAGUUGACUUUCAAUAUAAUUUCUACUUGUUUUUCAAAUGAAA